UGUAUUAAACAUUUUCAUAUGUUUUUAUGAAGUGCGCUUAAAAUAUUUCGAAAAGUAUAUUUUGAAAUACUGUUGCUUUAAGUUUAACGACAAACAAAAAACGACUGCUGCCAGCGUGUAGGAUCACAACAACACAAGUUUCGACAAACGCGUCAAUAAACAAAAUGUCAGGUGACGAUGAUACAAAAAGUUCAGUAAUGGAUGAACAAGAAGUCAUGGACGACGCUGAAGAAACUUUGCCAAAGCAGAAUUUAAAUGUCCCAGCGCGCAAACCUGCGCAUGCUGCACCAGAAGCUCAGUUCAAUAUGUUUAUGGACCCAAUGUUUGUCCAGAUUGAAAAGCAGAUUGAGGAGCAGAAUGCCAUUCUGGACAAGAUAAAUGAUGAUAUGAGGAUGGAAAGUGAGAGAACACGGAAAGAAAAGCUGCAGGCCCAUCUCCCUGAGCCCCUUAGAGGACGAGGUCUUCCAAUCGGGGAUGUGAUGAAGAGAGUGGAGAAUAUGAUAGCCUUUGAAAUUAAUGACGAAGAAAUAGAAGCAAAGAAGAAGAAAGAGGAAGAGGCCAAGAAGGAAAUGAGUUUCAUGGAGAUAAUUGCUGAAGCUCGGAAAUUGCGCAAUCCUGAGACACAUGAGGACUUAGAGGCCCCAGAGGAAGAGGCUCAAAAAGUAGCGGUGCCUAUGCAGAAGCUUGAUGAUUUUGGUCGGGCAGCUGUAACUUCCCAUAGUCUGGCUGCCAUGUUGAACUGUCUUCCUCUUGAUCACCACAAGAAAGUCGCCAAGAAAAUCAUGACAGAUUGCCAGCUAUGGCUCUCAAAAAUGUUCAGGUUUGAUGAAGGCAAUAUUUUUUAUUCGGACCACGAGUUGGACGGCCUGGUGCGUGUGUGCCGCCUGGCAAUGUACCAGAAGUACCCUAGCUAUGUGAAGGAUGGGUUUGAGGCGCUGUAUUCGCGACCUCCUGUCAUCUACCUCAACUCCUCUGCUGAUCCACAUAUCGGGGAUCACCUGUGUAGGGAGCUGGGCCUACCAAAAUCUUCAAUUUGUACAGUGCCAUGCAAAACAGUCUUGGGAUCCUCUUCAAAAAUGAGGCCAAACAAACAUGAGCAAAUGGACACAGAUAUAUUGGACAAGCUGAUCAUGGAUGAUAUUGCUGCAGCUAAGACACCUGUGGCAGUGAUGGCGUAUGCUGGUACUCCGAAUAUUGGACAUGUUGAUGACAUAGAAGAACUGCAGGGAAUCUGCAAGAACAGAAACAUCUGGAUGCAUGUGACAGGAGACAGUGUAGCUCUUCUGGCCCUCAUACAUCCCCCAGGCAACGUGUAUCAGGCCCGUCUGGGAGACAGUAUCACGGUUACCAUUGGAACAUGGCUGGGUAUUCCAGCUCUCCCUGUGGCAACAAUGUUUAAGCUGGCUGACCCCAACCUUGUUCACUCUGCCAACUUGACCUCGUUUGACCCCAGACAGAGGCUGACCUGUCUGCCCUUGUGGGUGGUCCUUCAGAGUCUGGGUAUAGAGAACAUUGAGGAGAGGAUCAGUCAGUCGUGUGAACUGGCUGAUGCCAUGUUUGAAGAGCUGUCCAAGAUUAAAACCAUUGUACAGUUUAGCCGAGACACUUCAAAGAAUAAGGAGAGAGUAGUGCGUUCCAUUACUGAACUCAUUUCAAAGGCCAUAUCAUCACUGAUGGCAUCAGAUGUUCCUUCUACAACCGUUGUGUUCCGGUACGCAGAAGACAAAUCUGAAUCAUCCACUAUUGCGGUGGCCCCAUAUGCCAUGGGGGCUGGUGUGGAGGAGGAGGAGGAGACAGAGGAGGACAGGCAGAGAAAGCACAACUACUAUAACUCACUCAAUAUCUGGCUUGCAGAGAGUCUUCAGGCAGAUAAUCCCUGUGUGGAGAUAACUCUUGUGGAUCUGGAAAGGGAGGGAACUUGCAUGAAGUUUGCUCCCCUGCAAUCUGCUCAAAUUAUUGGAACUACAAGAGAAGAUGUGGUAGACUUUGUUAAGUCCUUAAAAUCACAAAUUAGUAUAUUGGAUGCAACUGUGCUGAACUAUGAAAGGUUCCGCCAUGUGACAUCUGAUCAGGAGAACUUGCGAUUGGUGGACAUUCAAAACUGGGCGGGACUGGGGGCUGUGCAGUAUAUUCCGAACGACUACCUGGAUAGUUUGGACAGUCUGUCAGAGCAGGCCUGUGCAGAGAUCAACCAUCUGAACAUUGAGCUCAUUCAGAAGUUGAAGGCCACUGACAGCGCCUUCUCUCUAGGGUUCACAUCCGAGGACCUGGCGUGUGUGAAGUUUGGCCUCAUCACGGAGGACACUGACGUCACUGAGCUGAUAUCGCUGGUCCAGACCACUGGCAAGGAGGUGGAAGAGUCAGCCAGGUACCUGGAGUCAAUGUCUGAGCUGGUGAUGAAGGGCAUAGAGGAGGCAAACAAGGACCUGGAGUAUGAGAAGCAGCAUAAACUGCAGCAGGAGGGUUUCCUGAGGCAGCUGCCCAUGAUCAGCUCUGUCCUCAACUGGUGGUCACCUCCGCCCAAAGACGUGGAGAGAGGACGCACUUUUAACCUGUUGUCAGGUGUGAUUGCCUCCACUGAGGAGACAUACAAGUACAAGAUGCAGCUGCAAAAGGAAGUUCCCUCACCCUCCAGUGUUCAGCGCUCCAGAACGUCUUCAAACUCAGGGUCAAUAUCCAGCCAGACAAGCCUGGAAAAGACUCCCACAAAGCCCUCCCCAGGACCCCAACGUGCAAGCCCCGUUUCCCCGGCAACCCAGCUUGUAACCCCUGGUUCUGCAGGGACCAAGUCUGCAGCAAGUGUGAAGGCUGACCUUGUGAACUCCAUUAAUGAGGGUGACCUUUCUGAAGGGCAUGAAUCUCAACCAGCGCUAAAUGGGAAUCUGAGGCUUAAUCUGGAGAACUGAGACACAAGGACAGCUUAAUAGAGAUGUGUGACAGUUCAUAUCAAAACAGUGCAUACAACUUAUGGAUUCCAAGAGUUUUUGUGGGAUAUUAUGUGCAUCACUACAUGUAUUAUGGGAAUUGUGUACAAGGUUGACAUAUUGAUGUUUAAAGAGGUAUAUUUAUGGAGGUAUGUAUCUGGUUUUAAGUGCAUUUGCAAGAGGUUUUUGUAGUGCAAUUUUAUCCUUGUUUUUCAUUGUUAAUAUGAAAAUUUAAACACUGAAAAUUAAUGAAAUUGACAUGUUGUUGGUUUUUGUUAUAGAAGUACAGUUAUCAUCAAAAUAUUGUUUGCUCUGUAAUUAUAUUGUGUUCUAGCAUUUUGUGUUAAAUUCUUGUUUUUUAUGCUCCCUUUUCGAAGGAAAGGUGGCAUAUAGUGAUCGGACUGUCCGUCUGUCUGUCUUUCCGUCACACUUUGCGUUAAGGUUUCGAAAAAUGCUCAUAACUUCUAUGUCCCAUGAGAUAUAACCUUUAUAUUUGGUAUGCAUGUAUAUAUGGACAAAGCCUUUCCAUAUGCACACAAAUUUUUACCCCUGUGACCUUGACCUUGAACUUAGGGUCCGCGUUUAGGUUUCGAAAUCUGCGUUUAGGUUUCGAAAAAUGCUCAUAACUUCUAUGUCCCUUAAGAUAUAAUCUUCAUAUUUGGUUUUCAUGUGUAUAUGGACAAGGCCUUUUCAUAUGCACACAAAAUUUUACCCCUGUGACCUUGAUCUUGAACUUAGGGUCCGCGUUUAGGUUUCGAAAUCUGCGUUUAGGUUUUGAAAAAUGCUCAUAACUUCUAUGUCCCUUGAGAAAUAACCUUCAUAUUUGGUACGCAUGUGUAGAUGGACAAGGCCUUUCCAUACGCACACAAUUUUUUACCCCUGUGACCUUGACCUUGAACUUAGGGUCCGCGUUUAGGUUUCGAAAUCUGCGUUUAGGUUUUGAAAAAUGCUCAUAACUUCUAGGUCCCUUGAGAUAUAACCUUAAUAUUUGGUAUGCAUGUGUAUAUGGACAAGGCCUUUCCAUAAGCAGACAAAAUUUUACCCCUGUGACCUUGACCUUGAACUUAGGGUCCGUGUUUAGGUUUGAAAUCCGCGUUUAGGUCUCAAAAAAUGCUCAUUACUUUUAUGUCCCUUGAGAUAUAACCUUCAUAUUUGGUAUACAUGUGUAUUUAGACAAGGCCUUUCCAUACGCAUACAAAUUUUUACCCCUGUUACCUUGACCUUGAACUUAGGGUCCGCGUUUAGGUUUCGAAAUCUGCGUUUAGGUUUGGAAAAAUGCUCAUAACUUCUAUGUCCCUUGAGAUAUAACCUUCAUAUUUGGUAUGCAUGUGUAUAUGGACAAAGCCUUUCCAUACGCACACAUUUUUUUACCCCUGUGACCUUGACCUCGGGGUCCGCGUUUAGGUUUUGAAAAAUGCUCAUAAUUUCUAUUUCCCUUGAGAUAUAACCUUCAUAUUUGGUAUGCAUGUGUAUAUGGACAAGGCCUUUCCAUACGCACAAAUUUUUUUACCCCUGUGACCUUGACCUUGAAGUUAGGGUCCGCGUUUAGGUUUUGAAAUCUGCGUUAAGGUUUUGAAAAAUGCUCAUAACUUCUAUGUCCCUUAAGAUAUAACCUUCAUAUUUGGUAUGCAUGUGUAUACGGACAAGGCUUUUCCAUACGCACACAAAUUUUGACCCCUGUGACCUUGAACUUAGGGUCCGCGUUUAGGUUUCGAAAUCUGUGUUUAGGUUUCGAAAAAAGCUCAUAACUUCUAUCAAGCGUUUAUAGGGGGCAUAAGUCAUCCUAUGGUGACAGCUCUUGUUCUAAUCUAUUAAUACAUUUUUGGAUAAGUCUUUUACCAUCCCAUGGCUUCCAUAUAAUGUAUGUGGAUAUUGAAAAAAACAGUUACCGUUACCAUUACAUUAAUUUUUAAGUAAGACACACAGUGUUUUUGCUUUAAAACACACAAGUAUCCAUAUAAUUUAUUUAUUUAUUUUACUUUAUUUGUGUAAGUUGUGCAAAAAGGAUUCAGAAAAAAACAUGUUUGUAAAUGGUUGCAAAAUGUCAUUUAAUAUUACAAAUAAUUGGAUUAUUUGUUUCUUUUGUUUGCAUUUCUACUAUCCAAAAGUACCUUGUAGAUCAUUUAUUAUCAAAACCUUCAAAAAUCCAUUCCAAUAUUGCUGUGAUACUAUUUUGUAAUAUUGACAGUGAAUAUUAUGUUUGAUGUUUAGAAUUGUUUUGCAUAUAGAUAUAUUUAUAAUUAUUAUAUUGAAACUGUUGGAACUGACACAAAAUCAGAUUUAUUUGUGAGUUGAUAGUUGCAGAAUCAAUAUUUUAUUCACUGCUACAUUUGUUUUAAUAUAUAUUCAUUUAUUUAUGUCUUUUUCUAUUAUGGGCAAACUCUUAAUAAAUAUAAAACUACA